AUGGUCAAAGCCAUUCGAGUCCAUGAGCUUGGUGGACCUGAGUGGUUACUUGUCUUUAUUUCUAUGAUUGUUAAAGGAUUUGAGAUUGCUGAAUUAAAUUCACAGUUUGUGUAUGGUGUAUCAAUUGGGACAAAGGAAGAUGUGGAAGUAGGAGAGCCAAAGGAGGGAGAGGUUCGUGUGAAGAACAAGGCCAUUGGGCUUAAUUUCAUUGAUGUGUACUUCCGCAAAGGCGUUUAUAAGGCUGCUACGGUUCCCUACACCCCAGGUGUUGAGGCUUGUGGAGUUGUGACAGCUGUGGGACCAGGACUAACAGGCAGGCAAGUUGGAGAUCUUGUAGCCUAUGCUGGUCAGCCAAUGGGCUCAUAUGCGGAAGAGCAGAUCCUUCCUGCAGACAGAGUUGUGCCUGUUCCUCCUUCCAUUGAUCCUACUGUUGCUGCAUCCCUCUUGUCCAAGGGUAUGACAGCUCAGUUUCUACUACGCAGUUGUUUCAAGGUUGAACCUGGACACACAGUCCUUGUCCAUGCAGCAGCUGGUGGAGUUGGAUCCCUUUUAUGCCAGUGGGCUAAUGCCCUUGGUGCCACUGUCAUUGGAACUGUAUCUACUAAAGAGAAGGCAGCUCAAGCCAAGGAGGAUGGAUGUCACCAUGUCAUAAUCUAUAAGGAAGAUGACUUUGUUGCUCGAGUGAAAGAAAUAACAUCUGACAAUGGGGUCGAGGUUGUUUAUGAUUCUGUAGGGAAGGACACUUUUGAGGGAUCACUGGCAUGCUUGAAGACUCGUGGAUACAUGGUGAGUUUUGGGCAGUCAUCAGGUGCGCCGGAUCCGGUUCCAUUGUCAGCCCUUGCAGUGAAGUCACUGUUCUUAACUAGGCCUAGCCUCUUUUAUUACGCUGUAACUCGAGACGAAUUGCUAGGGAUGGUGGGAGAGGUAUUUGGUAAUGUUCAAUCAGGUGUAUUGCGGGUUCGAGUAAAUCACACCUACCCAUUGUCUCAAGCAGCACAGGCACACGAAGACCUUGAGAAUAGGAAAACAUCUGGAUCUGUCGUGCUUAUCCCCUAAGGCAAAUAUGAGUUUGGUCUGUUUAUUUUAAAGGCUACGUGGUGCGUGUGUGAAAAUGAAUAAGGAACGUUUGCCUUCAUGUUCAGGAUAGCUGCUGUUGCCAAAUGAAAUGGAUGUCUCCGACUGCAGUCAUCAAGAGACUUUGUUAAGCUAGCAAUAAAAACAAGAAAAACUGGACUUUUUGCAUCUUGCUGAUUUCUAAGUUUUAUCUUGAAUUUAUUGUAAUCUAUUGCAAGUAUAAAUUUUCUUUUUCUUUGUAUAAUUGUGAAAAUGGGGUAUUAUAAGAAGGAGGAUAAUGAUAUCAAGGCUUAAAAGAGUAGAAAGAGAAUUUGUUCCGAA